UUGCUAUUGGCUUGAAUGGUGAAGAAGGACUUCACCUGCGGUAGAAGGGGGGGGGGGGGGGAAUUCAACAAAUACUAUUUGUUUAAGAAUAAUUAUGAAUUUAUAGUUGCUAUCUGAGUAACUUGUAAGAUUUACAGUACAGAUGAGACAACUGGAUUUCUAGAUUUCUCUCCGUCUUUGUGUGUGUGUGUGUGUGUGUGUGUCUGUCUGUCUGUGUCUCUCUCUCUAUCUCUCUCUCUAGGAGUGGGCAUCUCUCUCCCUGCCCCCACCAACGUGUCAAUCACCUCGGUCAACUUGGAACACACUCUUCACUUCCUGCCCGGGUCCGAGACCCCAGGUCACACACACUUCAGGAUUCAGGUGAUGAAAGUCCGGAGGAAGAGCGUGUGGAAGCCAGCAGCUCGUUGCUCCAGCCUGGAGCCCGGCCAGACCUGUGAGCUCAGCAGCCUCAUGAAGGACCCCUGGGCCCGCUACCAGGCCCGCGCCCAGGCCUACAGCCCCGCUGGCAGCACCUCGGACUGGGCCACCUCGGGCCUCUUCCAGCCCAUGACCCACUCGGCUGUGGGGCCCCCUGACGUGUCGGUGGCCGGCUGUGGGAACUGCCUGGUGCUGCAGGUCCGACCUCUGACCAGCAGGUGGCAGCAGCUGGAGCGCUACAGACACAUGUUGCUGUCUGUACGCAGGACCCGGGACGGAGUACAGUUCCACAUGUCUGUCGACUACGAAGAGAAGACUGUGAUUGGCUACCUGGAGCCCGGGGUGGAGUACUGUGUGAUGGUGUCCAUGGUGGCGUUCAUCAAACAGAAAUCGGCCCCUGUUAAAUACUGUGCCUUCACCAGCCCUCCCAGGAACAACAGCUCAGUCCUCCUGGUCCUGCUGGGGGCCUCCGGCCUGCUGGCCGCGGCCCUCGUUGGGUUCCUGGUCCUCCGCCGCCGCCUCCAGGCUGGGCCGCACGCCCCCGGGACCCGGGACCCCGAGGGGUCUCUCAGCCCUCUCUGUGAUGACGGAGCCCAGUGAAGCCUCCUCUUCAUGUCUGGCCCUCACUGAGAGACCAAUGGGCAGAAGAAGAAGGAUGGGGAUAAAUCUUCCUUUUAAUGUCGCUGUUCUGACCUCUGUCCAUUUAUUUUAUUUUCAUUUUUCAUCUUUGAUGUGUUGCUUACAGACAAGUAGCACACACCUCAAUAUGCUGCCAUAUUUUAAUGUUAAUUAACUCUUUCAACAUUUGUAUAACUGUAUCCAUUUACUAAUAAGCUGUGAGCCACUAUAAAUCAGUAAAGUACAUCUUCUAGAUCCAUUACGUUUCUUUCUGUUUGUUUACUGUCAUAAUGAACAAACUGAUAAUAUUUAAA